AUCAAAUCAUCACCUGUCACAGUGAUUAACGUGUUGAUUAAAUCAUUUGUUUGUGUCAUAUUUUUGUUCCCCAUUUUUUCAUUUGAUCUAAAAUUUACGUGUGAGUAUUCAUACGAAUGAUGAUGUAAAACCUUUCUCGGAGUUGGAACAGCCAUGACUUCAACAAGACGCGCUAUAUCUUCAGAUUUUGAAACUACACCUCCCGACGAAGAAUUUUGUUCUACCAGUGCCCUUGACAUGGAUGGAACUCAACUAGAAAAACUGGACACGGAUUAUCAGAAUACCAACGAAACGGUAAAGAGCACUCCGAGAUCGGGCCGCAGCAAUGCUUCUUCUAGUGAAGUAUUCACUACCUCUACACCCCGCUCUGUUCGACGUCAACAAUCGUCCAGAACGCCACUGUUAAAAUCGUCGAUCACCAGACCAUCUCCUGUGUGCAGCAGUAUUCCAUUGCCUGUCAAAAAUUCAGGACCUAUCAAAAUACCAGUUCUGUUAAAAAAUGCCAGAUCAACUAGCAAGACCAGUUCCAUGUCGAUCAACCGCACUAAUACCGUAGCUAAUAAACACACUCUGGAAAUUCAGUUCAUCAACAAAAACAAACGAUACGUUCAAAUGAAGAAAGAGCUAGUGGAAAAACAGAAACCCGUGGUUGAUUUAUAUCAGAAUUUGAUUCAAAUCAAAAAGAGAUUGGAAGAAUUGGGAAAAAAUGUCAAAUUGGACGACUUAAGACUGGUGCCAUUGGAUGAAUUUAACAAACCAUCUGCACGUGGAGGUGGAGAACAAGUUUCCGUGGAAGUUGUGGGUGGCAUGAAGAAGUCCAUCGAGGAAAUUCCAAAAACUCUCAUGGAUAUUUGCAGGAAUUUGCUGAGUCGUCGGGCACUUAUAGUGGAACUGUUGGAAAGCGUUACUAGAUCAGAAAUCGAUGUAGGCGAAGUGUCCGACAAGAUAGAAUCACUCAAGAAUGAAGGUCAGCAGCUGCAGCAUUCACUGGACGGUAUUAUCGCAGAACAUCAGGAUAAGAUCGACCAACUGGUAACCAACUGGCAGAAAUUGUUGAGCGAACAGAAAUCGUCGGGUGAGGAUAGUCGCGUUGCCGAAUUGGAGGAUCAGUUGAAGGAGCAGCAAAGGCUGGCCAAUGAAUCGACGCUUGUUAUUCACGAUCUUCAGAGGAAGAUGGAGGACAAACGAGGCGCCUACGAAAAAUCGGUGGCGGAACUGAAUGGAGUUAUUAGUACAUUGAAGGACCAAAUAAAAAAACUAGAGCAAGAUUUAGAAAAUGAAAGAAAAUCUAGUGUGGACUUUAAAAGUAGGAGCAACGCCAACGCGCAAAAUUUGAAGAACAUGAGAGCGAAAAUCGCCGAGCUGGAAGGUGACAAAAAGGCGUCUGAAACUACUAACACUGAGUUGCAGAGAAAAAUCAGACAUCUCCAAGACCAGAUGAAACAGAAAGAAAGCCAGUGGAUCAAGGAAAAGGAAGAUCUGACCAAGAACAUCAAACACCAGGAGAAUCUGUUGCAGAAACUCACCGCGGACAAAAAUCAGUUCGAAACUAGGUUGGGCGCGAUCGAGGACCAGAAGGUUAGCACCGAGGAGGAAUUGAGAAAUGCCAUCGAGCACAUGGACACUGAGCUGGUCCAGACCAAGACUGAGCUGGCCGAGGUGACGGUUCAGAGGAACGAGGCCCUGGAGAAAUGCUCCGAGUUUGAGGGUUACAUCGCCCGAAUGGGCAUAGAGUGCAAGGAGACCAUGAAUAAAGUCAGCUGCAGUAUAAAUUGGGGAAAAGGUAAAGAAAAUAAUGAUAGUGUGGCGGAAGACUACAUCCAAGACAUUGCAAAAGAUUUACGAAUUCGCGAGUUGGAAGACAAAAUAGGAAGUUUGGAACGAGAAAGGAUAUUGCAUUUUGAAGAAAAGCGACAAUUUGAGGAAGAUUUAAGCCACGAACCUACAGAAACGGAAAGGCAAUUGGGGAAGCAACAAGAGUACAUCGCCAGGUACCAACUGUUGUUAGAGGAAAGCGAAAACAAACUGCGAGAAAAAUUUGACGUUUUAAGGUCGACGGAAGUGGCCAACCUCAGAUCCGAGAUCCGGCAGCUCAAGGUGAGGCAGGAGGCUUUGGAAGAACAAAAUUUCAAUUGUCCUACGGAAGAGUUGCAGAAGAUGGUGGAGGAAGGCCGAUACAAACUUAACGAGUUGAUGAAAAAGUCUAUAGAAAGUGAACAAAAACUUGAGCACUAUUCUAGCGUGAUCGAAAAGCAAACUCAACAAAUGAGCGAAAUGGAAAAUCUACUGCGUUACAGAGAAAAUAUGGCCGGUGUUUUGAAAGCUUCCAGAGAUGAACUGGUGCUGGAAAAAGAAAGUUUGACGCGAUAUUCACAGGAAAUGAGGACAGUCUUGGCGGAGGUUACAAAAGAAGGUAAAAUCAAGGAUCGACUGAUAAAAGAACUGCAAGAAAAAAUUGAUCUACGCGAGCGCCAGAUCAACAAGCUGGAGAAAGAGGUACGCGAAUUGGAGGCCAAUUUGAUGAUGACCAACGAGAAACGGUUCAAACUUCAAGAAACCAUCGGAGCGAUGGAGAAAGAACUGCAGAGCACGAAAGCUCACGUCAAUCAGCUGGCCGACAUCAACACUCGGUACGAAACUCAAUUUCGGUACUUAAACAACGUCAACGCUCCCCAGCGUUAUAGUCCUCGCACUUCCGUCAUGUGUCUUCACAUGAAGCGUUGCCAAAGCUUCAGUACCAACACUGAAGCUCUUCCUUUAGACCUACCUCACCCUAGACCCUCGGUAACUCGACACAAUCAAUAUAAUUCUCGAUCUCUGAUCGGUCUCUCUUUGCAAACUGUCGAUUUCCUGAAAAACCGGUUGAACUAUUUGAAUGCGAUGAACGCGGUACCGGAAGUUCCAUUAAAGGAAGGACCGGAACAGCGAGGUCAUGGUCUGGAUAAAGUGCUGGAAUUGACGGCUAAGAGGUACCAGUACUUGCAGCAUCAAGCCAACGAGUCGUACGCGGAUUUGACGAGUUUGGUGAAGUUUGCCGUUACUCGUGAUGCUGGUGACGAGUAGUGGCUCCAUUUGUCUAUAUUUGUGAUCAUUUUGUUGAUUAUGUCUAGGAAAAUAAAUGUG